CUGCGCUUUGGAGCCGGCACGGAGGCGGUGUUCGUGCCUUCGGGACGCUUAAGUGCGCCAAUGCGCGUGCGCGGGGCUAGGUCGACAGCUCUCUGAGGAGGAUGGAGAUGGCGGAGGCUGAGGGUGCUUCGUCUGAGCCGGCGGCUUCAGGACAACCGGCGGAGCUACCUGCCUCCGUGCGGGCGAGCAUCGAGCGGAAGCGGCAGCGGGCGCUGAUGCUGCGCCAGGCCCGGCUGGCAGCCCGGCCUUACCCGGCGACGACGGCUGCGGCUACCGGAGGCAUGGCGAAUGUAAAAGCAGCUCCAAAGAUAAUUGACACAGGAGGAGGCUUCAUUCUGGAAGAGGAAGAAGAAGAAGAACAUACAAUUGGAAAAGUUGUUCAUCAACCAGGACCUGUUAUGGAGUUUGAUUAUGUAAUAUGUGAAGAAUGUGGUAAAGAAUUUAUGGAUUCUUAUCUUAUGAACCACUUUGAUUUGGCCACUUGUGAUAACUGCAGAGAUGCUGAUGAUAAACACAAGCUUAUAACUAAAACAGAAGCAAAACAGGAAUACCUUCUGAAAGAUUGUGAUUUAGAAAAAAGAGAACCAGCUCUUAAAUGUAUUGUGAAGAAGAAUCCUCAUCAUUCGCAGUGGGGUGAUAUGAAGCUCUACUUAAAGUUGCAGAUUGUGAAGAGGUCUCUUGAAGUUUGGGGUAGUCAGGAAGCACUAGAAGAAGCAAAGGAAGUUCGGCAGAAAAACAGAGAAAAAAUGAAACAGAAGAAGUUUGAUAAAAAAGUAAAAGAAUUACGGCGAGCAGUAAGAAGCAGUCUGUGGAAAAGGGAAACAGCUGCUCAUCAACAUGAGUACGGACCAGAAGAAAACCUAGAGGAUGACACGUACCGGAAGACUUGUAUGGUGUGUGGCCAUGAACUGACGUACGAGAAAAUGUGAUUUUUAGUUAAGUGAUCUGUUUUACAUUUAGAUAAAUUUAGAUAAUCCUGUUCAAAAUUCACCAAAAUAUAAAGUCUUCAUAGAUGAGAGAAACACUUGUAUAAAUAAUGCUUCAAUAAUUAUAAAUGUUAGGGCUUAAGAGCAAGUUUCAGUUAAGGUCCAGCAGGUCUGGUUGUGGGCAAAAUACUGGGUCUGUGACCAUUUUUCUACAAUAGGGGUGGGAGCUGAGCAGUAGAAAGUGGGUUCAGAAGUGUGAGGUUAGAGCUAAAACUGAGAAAUAAGCAACCAAGGUAAACCCUAAAUUGGGGUAGCAGGAAGUUUUUUAGUAAAGGCAAAAGCUGACUGAUGUGGAUUCUUAUUCCAAGAAACAGCCCAGACGGUGGUAGACCACCGCGCAGCAGAGGUCCUGCCAGGUCUUCCAGACUAUUCCUGUCUCCACGUCAGGGAGUGGGGAGCUAUUGCUGGGACAAGUCCUGACUGGUAGCAACAUACAGUGAGUUGUGGGAGUCUGAUCGUGUCUUCCGUAUCCUUAGGGUUUACUACUGUAGAGACCUUAAUAUUGAAAUAUGGAUUAAAAUGAUUAAACAGCUAUACUGUUUGUUGAUUAAAGAAAGUAGUGAUAAUAAGUUGAUCACAACUUGCUAACAUUUACCGAGCAUUACUGUGUGCCAAGUGAGCACCAUGCUAAUUAAGUGCCUUACUACAGGUGCAUCUAACCCUGGAGGGAAGGAGGCUUGCUCUUGCAACCUGACUUCACCCCAGACCCCUGGACUAAGUUUAGUCAGAUAUCCCCCAUCUUGCCAAAAGGAUUACAAGGCAGUUAUAUCUACUCAGGAUUUGAUCCCAUAUGUUGAUUACAGGGUCUAUGCAUUCUUUGAUAAAAACAAAUUCAGAUUAAGUAGAUAUUUUCAAGUUGUUCUUUGAUGUGACUUUUUAUCCUACUGCUACAAAUAGGAAAUUUUUAUACAUUUUCAUUUUUCUGUCUAGAUCAGUUCUUGGAGUUGUGCUUGAAGGAAGGCAAAAAUCAAAACAAGUCAAGCCCAAAUAUAGUACUAAUUGUUCUCUAUAUAAGUGUUCAGUACACUAAUGUUUAAUAUAUAUAUAUUGAGUGUUGA